GAGGCGGGGAGUGACGCGGUUUGCGUCUAGAGCGGCUCCUUGGAGUCCACAGCAUCCACCGCCGGAGCCUCGCCUUUCUUUCUCCGUCUGCAGACAUAGCGAGACACAAAAAGAGGCAACCUCUGGACCAGUGCGAGGGACCUAUUCCCAUCAUGACCGAGACCACAAAGACCCACGUUAUCCUGCUGGCCUGUGGCAGUUUCAAUCCCAUCACUAAAGGGCACAUUCAGAUGUUCGAAAGAGCCAGGGAUUACCUGCACAAGACCGGAAGGUUUAUUGUGAUCGGGGGCAUUGUCUCUCCUGUCCACGACUCCUAUGGAAAACAGGGCCUUGUGUCCAGUCGGCACCGUCUCAUCAUGUGUCAGCUGGCUGUCCAGAAUUCCGACUGGAUCAGGGUGGACCCAUGGGAGUGCUAUCAGGACACCUGGCAGACCACCUGCAGUGUGUUGGAGCACCAUCGAGACCUCAUGAAGAGAGUGACUGGCUGCAUUCUCUCCAAUGUCAACACACCUUCCAUGACACCUGUGAUUGGCCAGCCACAACAUGAGAACACCCAGCCCAUUUACCAGAACAGCAAUGUGCCCACCAAGCCCACUGCAGCCAAGAUCUUGGGAAAGGUUGGAGAAAGCCUCAGCCGGAUCUGCUGUGUCCGCCCACCUGUGGAGCGCUUCACCUUUGUAGAUGAGAAUGCCAACCUGGGCACGGUGGUGCGGUAUGAGGAGAUCGAGCUGCGCAUCUUGCUGCUGUGUGGCAGCGACCUGCUGGAGUCCUUCUGCAUCCCCGGACUCUGGAACGAGGCAGAUAUGGAGGUGAUUGUUGGGGACUUUGGGAUCGUGGUGGUGCCCCGGGAUGCAGCUGACACAGACCGAAUCAUGAACCACUCGUCAAUACUCCGCAAAUAUAAAAACAACAUCAUGGUGGUCAAGGAUGACACCAACCAUCCCAUGUCUGUAGUCAGCUCCACCAAGAGCAGGCUGGCCCUGCAGCACGGGGACGGCCAUGUUGUGGAUUACCUGUCCCAGCCAGUCAUCGACUACAUCCUCAAGAGCCAGCUCUACAUCAACGCUUCUGGCUAGCAGAUACCAAGCUCUCUGCUCUACUCUCCCCUCGUCCUCUGCCAACACACCAGCCCCUCCGGUCACUGUUUCUCUGUCUUCAUCUUGACUGUUCUCCCCACUGGCUGGCUUAACCCCCACAGUGUGGGGGGCCUGCGAAGAACCAUGGCAUUCCCCAUUCCACAGCCAUCUUUGGACAAACUUCCCUCUAGUCUCCGGGUUGGGGGUGGGUAAGGGAACAGGGUGGGAGUUGGGGGAAGUGCAGCCCUUGGAGAUGUACUGGUGUCCGUCUCCCAGCAUGCUCUAGAGAGGCGGCUCUGGUGCCCAUCCUCCCAGCAUGUGCUGGGAAGGUGGCUCAGGCUCUUGCCUUCUUCCCAGCAUGCCCUUUGCCACAAAGGGCUAUUUUUCUUUCUCUCUUUCUUCUUCUUAUUUUUUCCCCCUUGUCUACUUCUUGUAGAACUUGGAUGAAAUCAGUGUGUGGUGUUUUUUUUUUUUUUUAAUGUUUGUAGUUUUAAGGCUCUCCUGUGGUUCAGUUUCCUUCUGACAGGACACUAUAGCCAGUCUCAGCACUUGUAGGUGCGUGAGGGCCAUACACAGGAAUGAAAGCAGAGCCAGUCUGCUUCUCCAACUCACACACACACACACACACACACACACACA